AUGCCCCAGAGAAAGAUGCUCGGGAGGACAAGUCCAGCGGUCACACGGGAGGACGCACUCCGGGACACACACACCAAGGGUCAACAGGGCUGACGUGGCAGAGCAGGGAGCAAUGGGAGGCCAUACGCACACAAAUAGGCUCUGCACUCACAAGGUAAUAGAUAAAGCCACAUACACACAGUCUCACUAUCAUUUUCUUUCGCUCUUUCCUCUUUUCUCCCUCUCUUCUCUCUCUUCUCCCUCUCUUCUCUCUCUCCACAUAUACACACCAAAUCUAACACAAGGUUGAUGUGAUGCUGAUGUUCUAACUUCUAUCCUCUAGGCGUCUCAGCCAGAGACCCAGUGCAGAGGAGCUGGAGCAGAGAAACAUCCUUCAACGUAAGUCUUUCCAACUCUCCAUCACAAUUUUUCCUUCCCUGAGUAUGGGAAUGAAGCGACAGGUGAAAGCUUUGUGGUGGAGGCGUGGAGCCCUUGCCUUCACCUGUCCGAUCACGUCUGAUCAGGGAUAACUUCAAGGAAGGGAGGAAGGAAUAAUGCACUUUUAUGGAAUUGGAAUGGGACCUAGGUUUUCACCUAAUCACUGCUCAAUCCCCACUGGUAUUUCUCUCUCAGUAAUGAUUCUUGUUAUUUAUAUAAAUGAGGCCAUAUUCCAAGAGCAUGAUGCCACUUCUUAUCAAUGUGGAUUAGGAAAACACAUUUCUCAAUCGGUGUACUUUUGUAUUUGUACCUAGUACCUUUAUUAAAUCCCAUUGGAAAAUCAAAUUUUUGUGAAAUGGACAACAAUUGCACAAUUUGGUGAAUGUCUGCACAGGGUUCUAAAUGUUGGUUUGACUCUCUCUCUCCUUUCCAGCCAAGAACCAGGUAGACAGGCAGGCGGAGGUCCGAGAGAUCAAACGUAGGCUCACCAGGAAGGUAAGACCAGUGACACACACACUCACUACUGUUAACUGUUAUAAGCUAGUUCUCUCAUUUAACAGAACAUUUACAUACAGAGGAUUAACUAGAGUGAAUUGUUAUAAGACGAGCUGAGAGAAGAUAGAAGGUAGUCCUCUUCAAGGGAUACUGGCAAUGAGGCCCUUUAUCUACUUCCCCAGAUUCAGAUGAACUUGUGAAUACCAAUUUGGCUCGCAAAACUACCUCUAACUUCCUUCAUACUGAACACAGAGACAUACAAAUGGUAUUCACAUUGAUCUGACUCUGGGGAAGUAGAUAAAGGGCCUCAUUGCCAAAAUCUCAAAGUAUCCAUUUAAACUCUGUAUUUAACUCCUCCUCUAGCUGAGUCAGAGGCCCACGGUUGCUGAGCUACAGGCCAGAAAGAUCCUGCGCUUCCACGAGUAUGUGGAGGUCACCACAGCCAAUGACUACGAUCGGCGUGCGGACAAGCCCUGGACCAAGCUAACACCCGCCGACAAGGUACAAUCAGCUGUCACUCAUAGCUCCCUAAAUCACGGCUUGUAAUGCACUUAUUUAUUGACACCAGUAUAUCUUAUUGACCAGUAAAGGAAGUAUAUAUUUCUGUGUUUACUUUAGCAUUUAGAUGCUGUCUUAUGCGACUUGAUACAGUUAACUUUCCCUCCUUCGUCCAGGCUGCCAUUCGGAAGGAGCUCAAUGACUUUAAGAGCUCUGAAAUGGAGGUUCAUGAAGACAGUAGGAUCUAUACAAGGUACUUCCUCAGCCUAUGGACAACAUGAAGUUAUAUACACCAUUACAUAAUAUAGAUCUUGAAUUAACAUACCAAUACAUUUGUUUCGGUCCCUUUAAUUGGCGGCUCUUACAGACGGAAAAUACCUUUUUCAGAUGUUGAGUUGUUGUGAUUGAUCAAAUUAUAUUUGAUGUCCCUUUCUUUAGGUUCCACCGGCCUUAGCAUCCACCCCAUACUGGAAAGCACGUACUUAACCAGCGGCCGGCAGAGUCUCUGGAGAGGAGUUGCGGGGUCUUGGUGCUCCCUAAACAGACUGCCUUUUUAUGUUGCUGAAUGUACUGUACAGAUCAUCAAGGAAGGCCCGGGAAUAGACUGAACUGAAAACAGGGGGACUGAGGACCAGAUGCAGUAUUUCUCCCGGACAGUAGGGGGAGCCAAGUGCCAACAAAGUGGAGAGGUGGCAGAGGGGCUUGACCGAUCGGACUGACUGGGAGACACUCUGCCAAUGUGUGUUAUCCCUCAGGGACUUGGUUCCACUGACAACGACCUUUUGCCGCCUCUUUCGAUGUUGCCUUUUUUUUCUGCUUUUACUCUGUAUGGCACAGUUAACCCAUGUUGCAGAGAUGUAAAUGCAAUAACAUUACAGUAAUAAUAGUCAUAAUAAUGACGGCUACAAUAAUAAACACAGUAAUAAUAAAUGUUAGAGACUUGAAGCUGCAGAAAGAGGACGAGGAGGAAGACAACUGUGGGAUUUGCCAUUCCCAAGACUGGAAAAGCUCUGGGAUAAUUGUGUACUUGCUGUGAUUUCUUAGACUGAAACUUUGGAGAGUUCUAAUAAUGACAACUGUAAUGCAUAAUAUUUUGAUCACAUCAGAAAUUACCGCUUUUAUUUGAACCUGUUUUAUAGUGUGCAUUUGUACAUUUUAGUCAUUUAG